AUGGUAGAGCUUCAUCUACUACCCUUGCUCGGCUUCAAACAGCUUCCUGAUCUCCUCGACCGCGGCACCUUGCCUGACCCUACGUCGGCAUCCCGCCUUGAGCCCUGGACCCGAUCUGCCCUGUCUAUUGUCUUAACCCAGGCCUGUCUGUUCUAUCCUGGCCCUCUUCGCUCGAGGCACCUCCAUCUUGUCCUCGGCUGCCCUGGGCGCGCGCUCCCCUGA